AUGGAAAUCGGAAGAUACAGAGCAGUCGUGCUCCACAACGGUCAGAUCAACAGGAAGCUCAAGUGCAACAACUGCCUUGAAGAAUGGCACUUAGGCAAGAACUGUCCGAACGAAAUAAAAUGUAGAGAAUGUGGCAGACCUGGCCAUAAAGCAGCAGACUGCGUAGGGGAAGACGUUUCUGAUGAAGACGUUUCAAGCUGCAAUGCUGACUCAGGAGACGAAGAGGAGACAAAAGAAGAUGAAGAAGUGUAUGAGGAAGCAGAGACAAGUAAGGAUUGUGCUGGUACAAAACAGACCAGGUUUCAGCAAAACACCAGUGAAACCCCAGCCCCAACUUCCAAACAUCCCCAUCCUCGAACCUCCGAAAAAGAACCAACUCAAAAAGGAAAGAAGGACAAGAAAAAGGGUAAACAGAUUACAGUCCAGAAAUCCACGCUAGACAAUUUCAUAACCGUAUCUACCCCAUCCAGAAAAUUUAGCAAUUUAGCCCCAGAUCUGCGGUCUCCACCAACUCCAGCUGAAGAGCUAGAGUCAGGAUCAAAGGCAAAAAAGAAACAAAGAGACAAGUCAGUAUGA